GUCAAGGAAAAGGAUCUCCACAUAAAGCAAAAAAAAAAAACCAUCUUGUCUAUUUUUCCCCCUUUUUUUCCGAACUAGAAAGAUAUGGAUGUACUACCAGAUUUCCGAUCUAUCCCCAUAACAACCAUGAUGCUGCUCACCUCUGGUUUGCUAAUAAUCCUAACUACCUUUAAUAUUUUGCAUCCCAUUCAACUCGUCUAUAGUCCAACCCUCGUAUAUGAUCAAAAGCAAUACUGGCGCUUUAUAACCUCCUUUCUGUACUUUGGGGAGUUGAAAUUAAACACCUUACUUCAUCUGAACUGGGUUAUCUACAUGAGUGGUGUGAUUGAGCAGCAUUUCUUUAUUAAACGUUCUUUGGACUAUACUUGGCUGCUUUUCUUGGGUUGUAAUAUGGUUCUUUUUAUUCGUUGGAUCCGUGUGAUCGACUCGCCAUACCUGUGCAUCGUAUUAGGAAAUAUGCUUCUUUACCUUGUCAGCCGCAUGCUCCCGAGGCAUAAUGUUAACAUCGUGGAAAUUAUAGAAAUUCCAAUGCGAAUGCUCCCCAUUGUUUACGUUUUCAUUGGUACGGCAAUGUAUGGGAUAUCAGGGAUUAAGAUAAACUUAGUUGGAUACUUUGUAGGACACGUACUGUGGUAUUUUGCGGAAAUUUUCCCCCACAUCACAGGGAUACACUUGCUGCGAAUCCAAUAUCGCAUUGAACGUUUAUUGACUUGAAUUAAAAGGUGAUUUAGUCUACCAGGCGUUUGAUUCACAAAUUGAGGUAUAAAAGGAUAAAAAAGUGUUCUGAUGAUGUCACUGUUCUUCUUCUUUUUUCCUUUUCUAUUCGUUCCACUUCAUGAAGUAUGUGAUUGCAAUUCUGUUUGCAGCUCUAUGA